GUUUAAGAGAUCUCUUGAUCAAUGAAUGAGUCAGUCGUACUUUAUAAAUAAAUAAAUGAUGUAUUAACAAUACAUUCUUUCCGUGUGUCUGGCCAAAAGAUUGUACACGUUAUUUCUCCAACACCCAGUCUGGGAUCAAGCUGAAAUUUUGCGCAAUUAUUAUUUUUUUCACCUGACAACUUCAAUAAUCAUUAACAAAAAUAAUGAAAUAGUUAAUUAACUAUUGAUUAUUUUGUUUUGAAUCUCGAACAAGAGAAAGAAAUUAUACUUGACUGAAGUGGUGGUAUGAUAAGCAAUACGAUUAAGUGUUUUAAAUUAUUUUAACUCAUUCAUCACAUCACAUUCAAAGAUCGCAUCACAAACCAAGAAAUCAGAGACAGGGUUACCGGAGCGAUCGGAGCCCAUGACGACCUGCUAACUAUUGUAAAAAGACGAAAGCUUAAAACCUUUGGCCACAUUACAAGAUCUACGGGGCUCGCAAAGACCUUCCUUCAGGGAACAGUGCCAGGAAAAGAAGAAGAGGCAGACAGAAAAAGCGAUGGGAGGACAACAUUAAAGAAUGGACGGGCCUGCCAUGGAGAGAGGUUCUAAACAAGGCAAAAAAAAAAGGGAGGAAUGGAGAAAGACGGUCGACAAAUCAUGCCUGGUGCCCCAACGGUCCAACAGACUAAGGGAUAGGUAAAGAUGAGACCUGUAAAGGAACUUACAGAUGUGACUAACAAGCUUGAAGUGUUAGAGGGCAUAAAACAGCAACUCCAAGUUAUUAUUGCAGAUAUAACAAAGGUGAUACAAAAAUGCAAAUCAUGGAUCCACGAAACAGAUCAAACGACAUUCCAAGAACUCCAUCAGAUAUUGAUCUCUAAAACUUGUGAUUACACACAGCAAUUUUCUCAAUUGGCCAACGAAAGAUGCAGUAAACCUCCAAAGUCCAUGAUCGCUGAAGAACAAUUGACAUUUUCUGAAAUGCAAAGCGUUGAAGCUGCUGGCUUGGACAUAAAAGCUAGCCUUGAUUACAAGAGAUUAGAAGAGAAACUAAAAGAGGUUACCACACGUGUAGCGUCACACACUGAUAUGAUUGAGAGUCUGCUAAAAGAUAAAUUAGCUCUUAAAAAAGCUACCAAAAAAGUAUCGAAACAAAACCAAGCGAAUGAACAGCUCUGUGCUGAACAUUACGAAGAGAUAGUGGCAGAACUUUCAAGUGCUAGCAUCUUCAUGUCAAACUUAGAGGUCGAGAACAUUAAAUUAAGAACAGAUUUGACAGAACACAUUGCAAAGAUGGAGGAUGUCUCUGAAAAAGGUUACAGAAAGGAAAUGGUGUCCGAUAUGGUCAAUGACCAACAGCAUGUAGCUGAACUUAAAACACAAAUCGAGAAACUUAAUGAGGAAUCUGCACAAUAUCAAGCAAAUCUGGAGGUACAAGAAGCUAAGAACAAAAAACUAACGUCUAAAUUAGGGUUCUUUCCUAGAGGGUUUUUGAAAAGAGCUAAAAGAUUUCUUAAAGAAUCACGCAAGUCUCCUAUCAACAUUUUCCUAUUCGGACUCUCUGGUUGUGGUAAAAGUGCCGUGGGAAGCUGUAUCCUUCAAAGGAAAUGUUUUAAAAGAAUCGCUUCCCUGCAACAAGGAACCAAGCAAGUACAAUGCGAGGUGGGAGAGUACAACGGGCGGAGAAUAAACGUUUUUGAAUGGCCAGAUUUUUGCUCUAACAACGACAAGAAACAAUCAGAAUCUUUCAUCAAGACGCUGAUGCCCUGGGUAUUAGAAAAAUGUGCCAAUGAUUUUCGGGUAACUCUUGUUGUGCUUAAGUUUGGGGACAGUAUAACCAACGAAGUUAUCCAUUUGGUUGAUGUUCUUAAGGCAACGUUUGGCCGGAACACUUUAAAAGAAUCUGGUGUAUUAGUUCUGACUCGAGGGGAUAUCUUCAAAAAAAGUGUCAGGGAGUCUUUUAGUGACUGGUUACAAGUGCAAGAUGGCCAUUUAAAAGAAUUAAUGGCGGCGUGCAACGGGAGAGCACUCUUGUUUGACAAUAUUUUGAAAGACACUGACGUACAAGGGGAACAACUGCAGAAUCUUAUGAACAUGGUGGAUGAGAUAAUUCUGGAUCAUACUUUUGUGUUUAAAUCAUAAAAUUUAAAUUUUCUGCUUCACUCCAAGGUCAAAGCUUAAUUUCAUGAAGAUUUCGCAUCUGCUAAAGUGUUUGUAGUACUGUAAUAAAAAUAAUAAUAAUGGGAAUGUCUUCGAUUCCGAAUUUUAAGGAUGAGUUCUGUAUUUCACAUGACUACUCAAACCAAGUUGCGACAUGCACCUUUUUUUUCGCAUCACAUGCAGACAAAGUCGUUGUCCUCCUGCGCUGUGUCCAAGAUUUCGAUACGUCUUCUGUGUCUGUCUUCAUUAAAGGCUCUCUUAUGGGGGAGGGCUGUGUCCCUAUCUGUAUCUCUAUCUCUUCCAGAAGCCAUCUGCUGCCAGCUACUUUCCUCUAUGCCAGUUGAGUAGAAAUGACGCCUGAUCUUUAUAGCGCUUAUGGGGGGCACCUCUGUUACGCUGUCCUCCUUGUCAAAACUAUGUAAAAUGUCUGAAUGUUUAAUUUAUAUGUAUGUGUGUAUAUAAUGUAAUUCAUAAUAUACGUUAUAUCUAGAAUUUAUUUUUUUGAUGACGUUUUGUUUUAGAAACUUCAAUAGGAAAAAUAUUUGUAUUUAUUAGAAGUAAUAGUUGUAUUUAAUAAAAAUACUAUUUGUAUUUAAUAAAAAUACUAUUUGUAUUAAUAGAAAUACUAUUUAUAUUUAAUAGAAAUUAUUUCAAUUUAACACAAAUGAUAUUCGUAUAUAAUAAAAUUGUCCAA